UUUCUGCAGUUUUACUUUCACUUUUACCCUCGGAGUGACGCCGCUGGUUUUCUACCUGCAAGCCUCGAUCUGAAGAUGAAGGUAGACGUUGUGUGAGCUGAGCAGGAUGGAUCAGUUUGAGGACAGAGAGGACGCAGGACAUGAGGACCAGAGGAAACAACCAGAACCAGAACCAGAGACUGGAUCUGGACAAAGAUGUGAGUCCCUGUGCAGUGACACGUCAAAGGGUCGACUCAUUGAUUUUAAACGAAGCCAGCCUUCUGAGAAGAGGAAAAAACCAGAACCAGAACCAGAGACUGGAUCUGGACAAAGAUGUGAGUCCCUGUGCAGUGACGCGUCAAAGGGUCGACUCAUUGAUUUUAAACGAAGCCAGCCUUCUGAGAAGAGCGUGGACCAGAAGAGCCACUCUGCUGGUCUGUCUGCCCAGAAGAGUCAAACACAGCUGGACUCCGUAUUUAUGGAGGUGGAACAAAACAUGUUCACUUUUAUGAAGGAAGAGUUAAAUAAGUUUAAAACAUAUCUGAGUUCAUCUGGUUCAGAGUAUUUAGAGAGUCAAAGGGAGGGUGAGGAUGAGGAGCAGAAGAGGAAGGACAGAGAGCACUUACUUAACAUCACUGUGAGCUUCCUGAGGAAGAUGAAACAGGAGGAUCUGGCUGCACGCCUGCACAACAGUUCUCCUGUCACCUGCCAAAGUAAUCUUAAGGCAAACAUGAAGAACACAUUUCAGCAGAUCUUUGAAGGGGUUCCUAAAGCUGGAAAAUCAACGCAUUUGAGUCAGAUUUACACAGAGCUCUACAUCACAGAGGGAAGUACUGGAGAGGUCAACCAGGAACAUGAGGUCAGACACAUUGAAACGGCAUCCAGGAAACCGCACAGACCAGAAACGGCUAUAAAACUAGAAGAUAUCUUUAAAGUCCCACCGGGUAGAGAUCAGCCAAUCAGAACAGUGAUGACCAUGGGAGUGGCUGGCAUUGGGAAAACAGUGUUAACACAGAAGUUCACUCUGGACUGGGCUGAAGACAAAACCAACCAGAACAUCCAGUUCAUAUUUCCAUUCACCUUCAGAGAGCUGAAUUUGCUGAAAGAGAAAAAGUUCAGUUUGGUGGAACUGAUUCAUCAUUUAUUUCCUGAAACCAAAGGAAUCAGCAGUUUUGAAACGUUUCAGGUUCUGUUCAUCUUUGAUGGUCUGGAUGAAAGUCGACUUGAUUUGAAUUUCAACAACAAUCCGUUCCUGACUGAUGUUACAGAGUCCAGCUCACUGGAUGUUCUGCUGACAAACCUCAUCAGGGGGAAACUGUUUCCUUCUGCUCUCCUCUGGAUAACCACACGACCUGCAGCAGCCAAUCAGAUCCCUCCUCAGUGUGUUGGCAUGGUGACUGAGAUUAGAGGGUUCACCAACUCACAGAAGGAGGAAUACUUCAAGAAGAGAUUCAAAGAUGCGGAGCAGGCCAACAGGAUCAUCUCCCACAUCAAGUCAUCAAGAAGUCUCCACAUCAUGUGCCGCAUCCCAGUCUUCUGCUGGAUCACUGCUGAUGUUCUGGAGGAUGUGCUGGAGACCACAGAAGGAGGAAAACUGCCGAAGACUCUGACUGAGAUGUACAUCCACUUCCUGGUGGUUCAGGCUAAAGUGAAAAAGGUGAAAUAUGAUGGAGGAUCUGAAACAGAUCCACCCUGGAGUCCAGAGAGCAGGAAUAUGAUUGAGUCUCUGGCAAAACUGGCUUUUGAUCAGCUGCAAAAAAGAAAUGUGAUCUUCUAUGAAUCAGACCUGACAGAGUGUGACAUCAAUAUCAGAGCAGCCUCAGUGUAUUCAGGAGUGUUCACACAGAUCUUUAAAGAAGAGAGAGGUCUGUACCAGGACAAGGUGUUCUGCUUCGUCCAUCUGAGUGUUCAGGAGUUUCUGGCUGCCCUUCAUGUUCACCUGACCUUCAUCAGAUCUGGUGUCAAUCUUCUUGAAAAAAAUCAGGCAUUUCCCCUAAAACCUAGAAGAAGAAAACUAGAAAAACAUCGGUUCUGCCAGAGCGCAGUAGACAUGGCCUUAGAAAGUCCCAAUGGCCACCUGGACUUGUUCCUCCGCUUCUUUCUGGGUCUUUCUCUCCAGACUAACCAGACUCUCUUGAAGGACCUGUUGACACGAGAAGAGCCCAGCACAGAAACCACUGAUGAAGCAGUCCAAUACAUAAAGAGCAAGAUGAGUGAAAAGUUGGCUGCUGACAAAAUCAUCAAUCUUUUUGACUGCCUAAGUGAAAUGAAUGAUCUUGCUCUUGUUGAAGAAGUCCAAGAGUCUCUGAGUUCAGGAAGUCUCUCCAAGGAUAAGCUGUCUACUGCCCAGUGGUCAGCUCUGGUCUUCAUCUUGCUGUCGUCAGAAAAAGAUCUGAAUCUGUUUGACUUGAAGAAAUUCAUCAAUUCAGAUGAGGACUUUGCAAGGUUGCUACCAGUUCUUGAGGUGUCCAACGAAGCCCUAUUAAGUGUCUGUAACCUUUCGCCAAGGACAUGUACAACCUUUUCCACAGUUCUAAGUUCUCAGUCUUCUCACUUGAGAGAGUUGGACCUGAGUAACAAUGACCUGAUGGAUAUGGGAGUAACGCUUCUAUGUGGAGGACUCAGAAGUAAACAAUGCACUCUAACGACUCUAAGGCUGUCAGGCUGUCUGGUCACAGAGGAAGGCUGUGCUUCUCUGGCCUCAGCUCUGAGCUCCAACCCCUCCCAUCUGAAGGAGUUGGACUUGAGCUACAACCAUCCAGGAGAGGAAGGGGUGAAUCAGCUGACUGCACAGGAUUCUUCCUGGAAACCAGAAAAACUGAGGAUGGAGCCUGCUGGUCUCCAAUGGUUGACACCAGGUCUGAAGAAGUAUUCCUGUCAACUCACCAUCGACACAAACACAGUGAACAAAAAACUCCAGCUGUCUGAAAACAACAGGAAGGUUACUGGUGUGGAUGAGGUCCAGUCCUACCCUGACCAUGAACAGAGAUUUGAUUAUUGGCCCCAGUUUCUGUGCAAGGAAAGCCUUCCUGAUCGCUGUUACUGGGAGGUUAUUUGGAGUGGGAAGGUUGAGAUCUCUGUGAGCUACAGUGGAGUCCAACGUAAAGGAAGCAGUAAUGACUGUGAGUUUGGAUUUAACAAAAUGUCCUGGAGUCUGAGCUGCUCUGAUGAGGGUCGUUAUUCUGUCUGCCAUGAGAACAAAAGGGAGUUCAUCUCCUCCUGCUCAUCUUCUGCUCGCUACCACAAAGUAGGAGUGUAUGUGGACUAUCCAGGUGGCACUCUGUCCUUCUACAGAGUUUCUUCUGAAAAACCGAUCCAUCUCCAUACCAUCAAGACAGAAUUCACUCAACCUCUUUAUCCUGGUUUUGGGUUCUGGCCGGGAUCUUCAGUCACUCUUUGUUAAGUGGAGUUUUGUCUUCAUGGUGACAGAAAAUCUCCAGAUCAGUGGUAAACAUUGAGUUAAGAAUGUAAAAAGAAAUAUUUUGUGUCAUUCUAGAUGAAACGAAAAAAUGAUGGGGAAUAAACUGAAGUUGUUUUCAAUCAUCAUGUAAAAUUAUCACUUAUAUUUAAAUAUUUGUCAUCCACUAAGUGGGGUGUGUUUGGAGCUUUACGGUGCAUUCACACCAGCCCUGUUUAGUCUCUUUUAAUCAUACUAGUUCUUUUAGAGAAUCCGGUUUGUUUGCGGAGAUGUGAAUGCGUAAUCAAAUUCUGAAGCAGAUCAAACAAGUGAAAGUGAACUGAGGUGCAUUUGAAUUCAUAUGUGAACGCCAAGUGGACCAGAGACUGCUCCAAAAGCAGGAAAUGGACUACAGUGCAGAAUAUAUUCUAUGAUAUAUCAUCAUACAUGUAAUCAGGCUGAAACAUGCAGAACCUGGAAAUAUACAAGAAACAAGGACAAGCUUGAGAAAGUACCCUGAGACUUUCUAAAUGCAUUAUUAUAUAUGUGAUUAUACAGUUGGAUCUACAUCUAGAGCAGAAGAAAUAUUUUAAUAUUAUCCAGAAAAAAAAUAAAUUUUUCAAAGAAAACUAUUUUAAAGUAAACCAUAGUUAUUUUAAAAACAUAUAUUUUGUGAUAUUUACAGUAAUUGUAACUUUUUAAAAAUUUUAACUGCAUUUCACAGAUGAAAUAAAGAAUUUCUCACAAACCUACCAGAAUCAUCAGAUUUUUGAGAUAUUCUCAUCUUUGAGAAGAUUUUGUCAGUAGCUUCAGUUUCAUACUUUCAUUUUAGCAAGAAAAGAAUGUAAGAAAUUUAUAACAGGAAAUAUUGCAAAACUGAAGAAACCGAAGCUUUUUCUUUCUUAUUUUCAUAAAAAAUUAUCAUUCUUCCUGUUUAUAUUUCCAGUAUUUUGUGUAAAACGUGAUUUAUUCACUUCUUCAUAGAUUUUCAGGUUUCAAAAGAGCUUUUAACAGGCUGCAAACUUUUAAAGCUUCUGUGUGAAACUUCCUGUCCAGACAAGUUAACUGACCUGCAUGUUACUCAUUAAAAAGCAGAACAAGAACAUUAAAUCCUUGUAGUUUUAACUGUAGGCAUUUUGCAAGAACAUACGUACUAUAGAUGUAGAGCUAAAGUUUAAGUGAAUUAUGGAAACAUAAUGCUGACAUCAUCAACGUGUGGAAGCUGAUCAUUAAUUCUUUAAAAGAUUGAAAUGAAAUCAAAAGGGUGCAUUAGAGGAAAAGUCAAGCAUGAAAAUCCACAACAAAUAUUCAAAAUUUAAUUUCUAAAGAUAUCAGAUUCUUUACGUUCUGCCUUCAUUUAAACAGAAAACUGAUUUUUGGAGGUUAUUGGCUUCAAUAAUUACUGAAUUCAUUCAGCUGCUCAGCAAUUUUUCCGUCUUUUCAAGGGAAAAACACUAAACUGCCGACAGUUUUAACCUGCAACCUGAGUUUUGCUUUUCUUUAUAUUUUACUGUUUAGACAAAAACCUUCAACUCUUAGCUUAGCUUCUGAAACAUCAUUUGAUUUCUAUCUCUCUAGAUCUAUGUUUGUAUCAAUUUCAGCUAAUAUUUGA